CCCUCCCCUAACACGAGUAAGACGUACGCAAAGCGUCCCGCUUGAUUUCCUUGACGACGAGCUGGUGAACUUUUAUAUUUAGCACAGCUCGAGAUUCCAGAUGCAUUCAGUGCCAGCAGACGUACAGUAACACAACCCUUUGGACUCUCUCCGCUACAACACAACUCAUAAAAUCAAACGAGUCACUGGCACUAGAGAGAGAACACCUGCUGAAACUCUGUCAGAAUCGAAUUAAGUGCCCUCUGGAAGCAAGGUGACCCUAUUCUUGGCGAGAAACGGGCAAGAAAAUAUCAAUUCCAAACGCAUCUCUCAUUGCUUGAUAGAAUAAUGAUUAUUAAAAGCGUUGAAACAAGCAUUCAAGCAACAUGAUUUUAUCAUACCCGAUGUGUGAAUCGCGAUGACGAGGUGGAUUGCAAAACUGCAUUUUUUGUGAACUGUGCUUGUAGAAGAAAAGGGGGCAGAGACUUUUUUUGAAGGACGCCUUUAGUAGCAACAGAGAAACAGGAAGAAGAUGGAUUUGACAUUUGCAAGCAAAUUCGACUGCUCAAAUGCUGGGUUUUUCUUUCCUCUAAAAAUGACCUGCACAAGAGAUGGCUGCACACUUUUAUGUAAAUUGUAUUUCAGUGAUGGCUCCACUCCAUUUGUGAGUUCCUGCUGCAGGAGUUUAUGCCGGAUAUAUGCUGUACAGCCAUGAAGAAACCUGCUGCUGACUUCUUUCUUCAGGACAGUGAGUUGUAAUGGAUGCAGACUUUUCCAAAUGUCAUCAGAUUGUAUUGCCAUAAGGGAAUAUUUAUUUUGGGCUCUAGUGGAUUUUCCAGACUACAUGUAGAAGACUGGAAAGGAGGAAAUAUUUGGCAUUUCUCAACGAAUGAUUGUGCAUGAUGAAACUUGUCCUCAAUUAAUCUGUCAGCCUUAGAUAAUCCUGAUGCAGAAAGUUCUAGGUAAUAUGUGAAAGUCUGUAAAACAUGGCUGUGACACCACCUCCUGAAAUCACCAUAGCUGAGCCCAUUUCCAUUCCAAUCCUGAAUGUUCUCCCACCAUCGUCCGAUACGGAGUCGUGGUCCUGUUCCCCAAGCCCACGGCCACACCGGUACCACUCUCGCAGCCGAAACUGGGAGAAGAGAAGAGCCAAAGUGCCUCAAGAGGACAUAUCAAAGAACCGUUGGGGUAAAGAGCAAGGGAAACUAGAUAGGAGCCAAAGCCCAUCACGUGCGUCUCCAUCACCUCCAGUGGUUUCUAAUGUAGAAGAGGAAGAGCAGAGCAGCCCCUCCGUGCUUCUCCUACCCCCAUCCCGCUCAUGGUCACGGAGCUCCUCCCUAAGCAGGCACUCUCGCUGGUCUAUCCGUAGCCUUUUCAGCAAGGACUCGGAUUGUGACAGCAGCAGUACAGCCAGUAAUUCUCCACGCAGUACUCCCGGCAGCUCGCCCUAUCUGCGUCGCCGUGUGCUGGGAGGCAGAGCCAGCGAAGGGGAGACGGGUGGGGACAGAAGCGCUGGAGGUUCAGAGAGUCCCCUGUUUCCUACUCCCUCCUCAUCCACCUCCUCCUACCCGCUCGCGGCCCGACACUUCACCCGCAAUGCCAAGAAAAUGCAGAGCUGGUAUAAUGUUCUCAGCCCUACAUACAAGCAGAGGAAUGAAGACUUCCGUAAACUUUUUAAAAAGCUGCCUGAUACAGAGCGUCUCAUAGUGGACUACUCCUGUGCACUGCAGAGGGACAUUCUGCUCCAGGGCCGCCUCUACCUGUCAGAAAACUGGCUCUGCUUCUAUAGUAAUAUCUUCCGAUGGGAGACUACGAUAACCAUACUGCUGAAAGAUGUGACCAGUCUGACCAAGGAGAAGACGGCCAAGCUCAUCCCUAACGCCAUCCAGAUAAGCACUGAACACGAGAAGCACUUCUUUACAUCAUUUGGGGCAAGGGAUCGCAGCUACAUGAUGAUCUUCAGACUAUGGCAGAAUGCACUAAUGGAUAAGACUCUGUCUCCCAAAGAGCUAUGGCACAUCGUUCACCAGUGUUACGGCACUGAGCUGGGGCUCACUAGUGAAGAUGAUGACUACGUCUCCCCUACUGCUGAACAUAUGAAUGGCCUGCUGCCAGGUGAGGAGCCGGUCUCCGUCACUGACCUGCUGGAUCUGGGUUCAGUGCCGGUGGCUCCGGUGGGCUCCUCUCCACCCUCAUCUGCCUCGGUUCUUCCCUGCGCUUCAGGAUCUUCACCUCCAUUCUUCUCUUCCUCUUCCUGCCAGCCUGUGGAGGUGCCAUCUACUCGGACCAGCAUCGAACCUGAGCCCAGUCCACCCAGCUCCCAGAGCUCAUUGCCACCCACUACAAACACUGGAGCUGCCCUGUCCUCAACCAUUGUGGAAGAAGGCGGGGACAGCCAGUCAGAAUCGGCAAAUCAGUCACUUCAAUCUCUUCCCACUGUCCCACACAGCCUGGGAAACCUCUCGUCACUGGAUAUCACCAAUGAUGAAGAGCUCCCAACUGACCCCAGCAAUUCCUCUGACACUCAGGAAGAGAGUGAGGUGGAGUCCUUCUGUACGGAUCUCAGCGGCCGGCUGCAUAUCAACACAGUUGUUCGCAUGAGCGUGGACAAGCUCCACGACCUUCUGUUCUCAGACACUCACUUCAUACAGCACCUCUUCUCACAGCGUCACUUCACCGAUCUCUCUGUGCCAGAGUGGCAGCAGGACAGCAGCAGUGGGAAUAGCAGUAGAGUUUUGAGUUACACCAUUGCCAUCAACAACCCACUGGGCCCAAAAACUGCUCCUGUGGUGGAAACACAGACUCUUCACAAGAGCAGCACCCGGGGGGAGUGUUACGUGGUGGACUCGGAGGUCAUAACCUCAGGCAUUCCCUACCAGGAUUACUUCUACACUGUACACAGAUACUGCCUCACCUCGGUCAACAAGCACAAGAGCCGCCUCAGGGUCUCGUCUGAUAUCUGCUACAGGAAGCAGCCGUGGAGUCUUGUGAAAGCUCUGAUAGAGAAGAACACUUGGAGCGGCAUUGAAGAGUAUUACAGACACUUGGAGAUGGAGGUGUGUAAGCUGGAAACGCUGUUACAGUCGGACGUUUCUGUAGUGAGUACCGGGGAUUUGCCUUCUGCGGACUCCGCCAAGACUCCCCCCGGCCUGCGCAGACGCAAACGCAACUGUCCCAGAUGCGCAGGAGAGCGGGAGAGAGAAAGGGACGGAGCGGGAGGAGGAGGCGGGGAGCGGGGCGACCGAGGAAAUGGAGAUGAGCGCGAAGGGCGAGAAGCUGGUGCUCAGUAUGUGAAAUUAGGGAUGAGGUGGCGUGGAGCCGGCAACAACAACAAUAGCAUCUCCACCAUCCUGCUCAUCGUGAGCUUCAUGAUCUGUGUCAGUCUGGUCGUUCUGGUGGCUCUGAACAUGAUGCUCUUCUACAAACUCUGGGCGCUCGAGCGGGCCGCACACACGCUGGAGACCUGGCACUCGUACUCUUUAACUGACAGUCCUCUGCCGCAGACAGCAGGAGAGUGGGCGCAGGUCCUGCAGCUCCAGAGGCAGUUCCACCAGGCCCAGAUGAACAAAUGGCAGCAGAUCCUACAAUCUUCCGUCACACUUCUGGAUCAGAUGAAACAGUCUCUGGAGAAGCUCCACAGAGGAAUGAUCACACCUGAGGUGCAGCAGGAGUCUGAAUCCGAACCAGAAACUCUGACGGAUCAGUGAGAGCGUACGGUAACCCCUUCACCCUACCGUGACAUUACAUAGCCGUCCACGAGGGGCCAAAUCAUAGACGGGACACGGUGCUCAACUCAGUGACAUUAAUGUUGGGAUUGAUGUGGGUAUCUUCUAGCUCACCUUUGUGUCCCAGCAGCAGCUACAGGACUUUAUACUAGCCGUAUAACAACUCUUUUAUUAAUCAGAAAACCGUGAACUCUGGGUCUGAAGCAAUAAUAACACAUGUACGGGAGCGUCUGUGACUUACAGCUGUGCUGCAUCUUGAGCCGUUUGGUCCGUACUGCGUGUCUGAAAACUGAAUUUCAUCAUGGACCUUUCAAUAAAGAGCUUGGGAGAGAUGCGCUAAAGAUUUUAAAGAGGGAUAUGUCUGAAAUCAACCUCCAACCGUCGUUUCACGAUUGUUAUUUUUAUGUCGUCAUGGGAGAGAACUUUCAAUUUUCUCUCAUGUUAGUGUUUUGCUGAUUUCAGAGCUGUUACUGAAACUUGUUUAAAGUGUCAGACCAUUGCAGUAUUUAUUUAAUAGACUUGAAUUACAGUCUAACGUCACUGUGUUUCUGCUCAAACAAGGACCAGUGCAGAAAUGGGUGGAACGAGUGGUAUGAAUAUGAAUUCCCAUUUUAGCAAUAAUCAUGUGGAAAAAUUGUAAUGGGCAAAAGUGAAUCUACAAGAAAGAAUGCAAAAAGUCAAACUUUUACUUAGGGUAGAGCACCAGAGUGCAGAUUGUUAUACAAUUUUAAGCAUUUCUUCUUUCUCCCUAAUGUUUUAGUUGCUAUUUUUGUUUGAAAUCCCUGUGUAUUUAUGACUUAGGAGUGAAAGGAGCUGUUUUGUGUAGUUGAGGUGUCGAGAAACUUGUCGAGUUUCACUGGAAUCAAACUUGAACUGUUCAGGGUUACUAUUAGCUUGAGCAGCUGAUGUGCACACAGAUCUUCUCAGAACUUCAGUCGUUCCUCAGGCUGGACGUUUGGGACCAACCAGAACUCAAGAUCAGGAGGACCAUUGUCUGUAUGCCAGUCUCACACAGAACAUGUCUGUUUCACCUCAAAAAAAACUUUUUUUUUUUUUUUGCAUUGUGGCAUUUUUAUGACAAUUAAGCACCCCUCAUAAUUUUUAUUUAAAUUUUUAUUAAAUAAUUUUUUGUCUGUGAUUCUCACUACACUAAUGCAAUAAUGAAAACCAUCCUGUCCUGUGCAGACAAUUAUUUUACAUUAAAAUAAGCAUAAUUUACAAACCGUAAAACAAAUACUUUUGAAUACUGUACAAUUAAUAUAUAAAUUAUCCUCAGUAAUGGGAAUUGAAAUAAAACCAAUGUCACAAUUCAAAAAAAAAAAAAAAAAAAAAAAAAAGUAUAGAUUUUAAUGAGAAAUACUAUGUGCAUGUUCUUGGUGAGAUUCACCCAGAGGCUAUGAGUUGGAUUUUUUUUUUUGGUCCUUUGUUUCAUUAGUUUCAUUAGUUACAUUUGGACUGUCUGUUACUGAUGUCCCCUGUCCAACCAUUUCAUUUCUGUCUCUGUAUUUGUCGUGCCCUUCAGCCUCUGUGAUCUCUCGCUCCUCUGAGUGUGUUAUCAGAGUGUGUCUGUCUGUCUGUCUGCGGGCGCUGCUGUGCAAAGCCCUUGCUCUGAGUGAUGAAAGUGUGUGCUAUUUAUUCGGGUCAGGGAGGGAGCGAGUGAUGGUGGGAUGUAUUGUAUAGACACGAUUGUAAAGAUGAUUUGUGACGGUCACAAAUGUAUAAUAAAAAAUGCCAAAAAUUGUAUUUA